AUGGAACAGUGCCUAUACCGGCACAGGAGGGACUGGGAGAGGGGCGUCGAGCCGGACUCCUUUGACAUGGUUUCUGAGGUUCGCAAGACCGACUCAUCCCGGUUUGGGCCCUGGACAUAUCAUUGGAAACCGAACCUCCACGAAGAAUACAUACGGCCGGAUCCUUUUGACCCUCGUCACAACUGUGUAGAGUCCCAAGACGACCCAAAGAUACCUGAUGAAUAUGACCGUACUAUUGACUAUGGUCAAAGGCGCGACAGACUACGGAAACACUUCGAAUGGGAGAUGGACCGCCUUUACCUAGUCGAGGAGACUGAAAGCCGUCGGCAAGCCAGAAGGGAAAGAGAACAAGCACAAGUGCAACAAACGACGACUACGGACGCGGCACAUCAAAAAGUGGUUGCUUGUGAGUGUAAUGUCAACCGUCUUGAAUGGGCUCAAUUCAAGCGUUCGACUAGAUUGUUGGCAAACGAUGAAUGUGUCAUCGACGUCCUAGUUGGAGACCCGGUCCUGGAUAACGAAAUCCCCGGCUUGGAGAGGUGGUUUGGGUACACAGGUCCCGGUGUGCGUAAAGUGACAAAAUCCCAGGAUACCAAUGCCUUUGACGCAAUGGCGCCUGGACAAGCACCCCUACCUGAGAGGAUCCGCAUCUACUCGUUGAUUAUCAUCACCAUUCUGUCCAAAAUAUUGGGAUCAGACGGCAGUUCACUCGUGGCCGGGGGGCCGAUCGUCUUUGUCAGGCCUUUCAAAGCACUCAUUUACUGUGAGCGAGCCUUGCGCGAUUGGCACAUGGCACUACAGAAGAAGUUCGACUCAGCGGCCAGAAUCGACGGUCGUGGUUAUAAUGCCAUGCGUGUGGAUGAAUACGAGAAGGAAACCAACAACGACGAUGAAAAGAAAGACGAUGAGGACCCCGACGACAUAACAAAAUCACCAAUCGCACUACAGCACCUGAGUUGUCUUUUGAGUCUGAUGGACUCCGACAUAUCACCCAAGCAGAGACAUAUAGCCACACCCAACUACCGGAAAGUCUUCUUCUCUGAUCUGUGGCACAUCUUCCGGCCCGGGGUAGAGGUGAUUGGCCAUGAUGGCAAGCAGGCCUAUCGGGUGAUCAAAGCGAUGAGUGCUAAGCAUCGGGUGGAACAACCACCGUUCAGUGUUAUUUGCGUCUACAUCGACUUUGACGGGAAGUCGCUUGGCCCUGUGACUCAAGUGUUUGACUUUAAGCGGUUCGAAGGCGAGAGGGAGAUAACAUCAUUAGAGAUAUACCCUCUUCGCUGUCACCCACUUCGGAAGUCUGACUUUACAGAGAAUGAGUGGAAAAGGGUGGACUCUCUCCCCUCUCACGACAAGUAUCGGCGAAAACUUAUACGGCGGGGCGCAAAGUUCCUGGAAGUUGCUGGAGUGAAGCAUAUGUACUAUGCUGGGCCAACGUUGAUCGUUCGGGAUGAGGUGGAAAGCCCGGUUGUUAUCGACUUUGAAACAGCCUUCUCGGUAGAAGACAAAGAACAGCAACAAUGGCAGCCUCGUUUGGAAAUGCUGAUUGGAGAAUCUUCUUCGGAGAUCGAAGAGAAACAGCCAGGAUGCACAGGGGUUUGUUGUGAGAAUGAAAACGUGCAUGACGACAUCUACGUGGACGAGAAGCAGAGAACAGAAUACAUAGAUAGUCUCUUACCCAAGGGGAAUGUCGUGGACGAGCCCCCGUCGGUUGCCAUCAUUCCUCGACUGCUGGAGGAGGUAAAGACCGGUCUUGAUGGAGCUCCAGUGAUCUCCGAUGAUGAGUUGAUGAUCAUGUCGUACCGUGUAUUUGGCUUUGUGCUGCGCAGCCGCAAAUGGGCAAAUCUGGACCUAGCCUAUCUGACUGACAUUCACCCACUGCAAAAGUCCCCUUCAUUGGCCGGAGACCCUGAACAAGAGGACCACAAGAAGGCAGAGCCCGUGACAGCCUUUGAUCAGCUUGUUCUUGAGGAAGGACACAAACCGAUGAUCGUAUCGCUUAUAGCACAGCACUUCCGAGACAAGAAAAUGGCAUCAGAUGAAGGAGAGCAAUUUGACAUUGUCAAAGGAAAAGGAAAGGGAUUGAUCCUACUCCUCCACGGGGCCCCUGGAGUGGGCAAAACAUCCACUGCUGAGGGUGUAGCCGAGCUGUUCAGAAAGCCACUGUUUCAGAUUACAUGUGGUGACCUUGGCACUACUGCAACAGAGGUCGAAAAGGCCCUGGAAAUAAACUUUACUCUAGCUAAUAGAUGGGAUUGCAUUCUUCUCCUCGAUGAAGCGGAUGUGUUCCUCGCGGAGAGGACCAAGGAAGACUUCAAACGAAACGGACUCGUCGCCGUCUUCCUUCGCGUCAUGGAAUACUACGCAGGCAUUCUUUUUCUAACAACAAACCGCGUUGGAGAUUUCGACGAGGCUUUUGCCUCACGCAUCCACAUCAGUUUGUACUACCCGGAUUUAAACCAGGGCAAGACAGUCGAGGUGUUCAAGAUCAACAUGGACAUGAUAGAGGAGCGCUUUAACAGAAGAGGAAGAAAAAUUGACAUCGACAAAGUUGGAAUUGGGAACUUCGCAGGCCAGCACUUCCUUGAAUAUCCACAUGCCCGCUGGAAUGGCAGACAGGUCCGGAACGCCUGUCAGACAGCUCUGGCCUUGGCUGAGUUCGAAGCCCAGGGGAAUAGCCACGAGGCCAUCCUGAAUCCUGAUGCCAUCGUGAAGCUCAGCGUGGACCACUUCAGGGUUGUUCGAAAUGCUUAUCUUGAGUUUACAAAGUACAUCAACGACCUUUACGGUACGAACGCUGCGCGCCGCGCAAAAGAAGCCCGCCGACGAGCAAUCUGGAUGAACGACGAUGAUAACACCGACAUGGGAGGUAGUGUAGGGGACAGAAGAAGGGCAUUCUUCAUGGCGUCGCAAGGCCAGAAGCCGACAGCUUUACAUCAGUCCCAAACACAGUUCAACACGCAUCAGCAAUAUCCCGAAUAUGUGAACGUUGCUGUACCACAGCCAUCCUACCCCGAUCGGAGCCAAGUUCCAACACCGCUCUUCUAUAGCGUUCAGAAUCGGGGUAGCCCUAAUAUACCGGCUGCGGGUGCACCUGGCUCUCACUUCCCUAUAUCUACAGAGGAACGGAAUCAGAUGCUACCGCACCGGCAGAAUGCUGGACAGUCGGUACAACAGCCACCGCAACCGUUCGAUCCUGGGUUAAACCAGAGCAUGCAAGGCAUGUAUACAGCCGGUGGCCAGCAGAGCAUGGGGCAGAUGCAGACGCCUAACAUAUCCCCUGGCAUUGCGGGUAGCUACGCUUCAGUCAACACUGCCCCUAGGCAGCAAUGGACCAGAAACACAGGGUGUAACGACUCAUAA